AUGGAUCGCGUGAGUGGAGUAUGUCGUUUUGGUGGAGUAGUAACAGCAGUAAAGACUAGAACUGGUCGCAGUAAGCGACGUUCGACGAUCUCUCCACCAGUAGUAGAGGACUUACCGGAACCUCCUAGGAGAGGGCUAGGAGCUAUUCUCGUAUUAGCUUGCAUAUUAGUUUAUCAUAAUUGUCUGUACUGCGGUUUUGUAUUUGAUGAUAUAAGUGCCAUUAAAGAGAACAGAGACUUACGACCCCAAACACCAAUAUCGAAUAUAUUCCUCAAUGAUUUCUGGGGGACACCCAUUCAUAAGAACAAACACAUUAAAGGAUCGCGUCCGGAGGCAAAGCUCGAAGGCGAGAUAAAGUGGUAUGCUGACGUUGAUUUAUGUCUCAGUUUGUUUGUCCCGGAGACGGCUGCGAAGUCCCGGGACAACCCGGACACCCGGCAGAUAACGUUCCUAAUGCACACUGCAAAUUAA